AUGCGAUCCGAUAAUAGAGAUACUACUACUACAGCUGCAGGCUGUUUUGUUGACGAGGACAUGCAGCUUUUCAAGGCUUUCGUAAUAUUCAAAGCCUUUGAUCCCAAGUUCAUCCAGGAACUGAGAAGAUUAAGGUGCCAAUAUCCUCAUCCAGAGGGUUGGGUUCACGAUGCUGACAAGGAGGUCUUAGAACAUUUUGCAGCUAACAUAUUACUAGGGCUAGCACCCAUUGCCAAUCGCAACGGUUUCCAGGACAUGUCAUGUUUGGUUGAAAACUUUGGCUCUGAGAUUUCCUGCAAGGACAUUGCCCUUCUUUACUCUGGAUUUUGCUGUGAUAAGGACCAGGUUGUCGACAUAUUGCAAGAACUUGUGGAAUCGAAAAAUCCCAGUGGUUUUUUUCAAGGAGGAAAUUUUGAAAGGGAUUUGUCUGUCAAGGCUGAAUGCGAGUUCAAGAUUAUUGAUAUUGCCUUAGCUUAUGGUAAAGCUGAUUUUGAACAGCGCAAGGCUGCUGGGAUAUUUGCAUCAGCUCCACAUUUUGAUCUUGCUACGGACUUGGAGGAUUUGGCCAAAGUUUUUCCCUCUAAAUUUAGAUUUGAGGACAUUGUCUCUGCAUGUUGCCAGGCUGAGUUUGAUAAAAAUUUGGCAAAAGCUCGUGAAGUUGACAAGGACUUUGAAAGAUUUGCUUGA